AUGGCUGACAACGCCCACGAUUCUCGAGCGCGAAAACCUCAGCGAGAAGCUGCUGAGCGAAGCGACGCAAAUUUUGAAAAUGGCAAAAGCGUCGAGGCAAUGGGAAACGGCGAGGAGAGCUUCUCUUCUGACCGUGUAGACGAGCAAGCUGGACUGCAGGAUGGCAUGUUGUUGCGAGAUGUUCCCAAGCGCACAACCUUCUAUGAUCCUGUCGCGGAACGACAAAUGUCGCAAACGGACGCAAAACUCUUCUAUCAGCGAAGCAAGAUUGAUCUUCGCAGCGGAAAUAUAGGUACCGGCAGUUGGGCCCCCUCAAGUCCCAACAGCCCGACACUGGCUUCGGGGUCCCGACCUGGUACAGAGUAUGGAGCCGACUCUUUGAUUCUUGAACAAGCUGGAGUUGAUGAUGCUGAAAUUUCCUCCACGCCUCGCGUCUUUGCUUACAAUCAUACCACCACUAGCGCCGGUGCCAUUCUCAACCCUAGAAAUAGUCAGAGGGAGGUAGUUGUAAAUAAUACUGGGCUUGCUGCGGAGGGAAACAUGAGUGAAUUCCCUGACAACUCUCUUUUCGACACCGAGCCUCAUGUCACGGCCGAACUGACUGCCAUCUCUAAAAACAUCCAGAAGGUGUUGGACAUGAGACGCAAGUACAUUGCAUUGUCAUCUCAAGGGCCAGAUGACAACCCUAGGGAUCAAUCCAGCUGGGAUAUAUAUCCGCCGCCACCUGAACCAGCCUGGGCUCAAACCAAGGGUGGUCGUACCGACUUCCCUGAUGUGCUGUCCUCUUGCCAAGCAGGGCAUAGUGAAAUCCCUUCUUCCAGCGGGCGAAGGAAACCAGAUCUCGACGUUGGCGAGGAUUUCAACAUGGACGACUUACUACCGUUGCCUGUGGAUGACGGUAUGACCUUCAAACUUGACGACAGUGGCGUUUAUCAAGUGUUCGACAAUGAAAACGCCACGCUGCCGGCAAUCAAGGUCCCAACCAUCAGAGAGUUUUACAUGGACCUCGACAGUAUUCUCACAAUUUCAUCAGAUGGGCCCACCAAGAGCUUUGCGUUCCGCAGGCUACAGUACCUAGAAGCAAAGUUCAAUUUAUACGCCCUUCUCAAUGAGUACCAAGAAACCGCGGAUAGCAAAAAAGUGCCACACCGAGACUUCUACAACGUUCGCAAAGUUGACACUCACGUUCAUCACUCUGCUUGUAUGAAUCAAAAGCACCUGUUACGAUUCAUCAAGUCCAAGAUGAAGAAAUACCCAAGCGAAAUAGUAUUGUUCCGAGAUGGUAAACAUUUAACCCUCGCAGAAGUAUUUGCAAGUAUCAAUCUUACAGCCUACGAUCUGAGCAUUGAUACACUCGAUAUGCAUGCCCAUACAGACUCAUUUCAUAGAUUUGACAAGUUCAAUCUAAAGUAUAAUCCAAUCGGAGAGUCUCGUUUACGAACAAUAUUCCUUAAGACGGACAAUUUCAUUCACGGACGGUACCUGGCAGAAAUCACCAAAGAGGUCAUAUCGGAUCUGGAAUCAAGCAAAUAUCAAAUGGUCGAAUGGCGUAUUUCCAUUUACGGCAAGUCCAUAGACGAGUGGGACAAGCUGGCCGCAUGGGUGGUAGACAACAAGCUUUUCUCGCACAACGUGCGAUGGCUCAUUCAGAUUCCCCGACUUUAUGACGUCUACAAAGCAAGCGGUCUCAUGGAUACGUUCGAGAGAAUAGUCAAGAAUGUCUUCCAGCCACUUUUCGAAGUAACGAAAGAUCCUUCCAGUCACCCUAAAUUACAUAUCCUUCUGCAGCGGGUCAUUGGUUUUGACAGCGUAGAUGACGAAAGCAAGGUCGAACGACGUUUAUUCCGGAAAUUUCCAGUUCCGAAAGUAUGGGACUCUAAGCAAAACCCGCCUUACAGCUAUUGGAUCUACUAUUUAUUCGUCAAUAUGGCCUCUCUAAACCAUUGGCGCAAGAAACGCGGCUUCAACACCCUCGUCAUGCGCCCACACUGUGGCGAGGCGGGCGACAGUGAGCACCUCGCGGUGGCCCUUCUGUCAUGUCAUAGUAUUAGCCACGGGCUAUUACUUCGCAAGGUUCCCCUGCUGCAGUACGCGUUUUACUUGGAGCAAAUAGGAAUAGCUAUGUCGCCUCUCAGCAAUAAUGCCCUUUUCCUGGCAUAUGAGCGAAACCCCUUUCACCAGUACUUCAAACGUGGGUUGAAUGUUUCACUCUCGACAGACGACCCAUUGCAGUUUGCGUUUACCAAAGAGCCACUCAUAGAAGAGUACGCAGUUGCAGCGCAAAUCUAUAAGCUUAGCUCUGUGGACAUGUGCGAACUUGCAAAGAAUUCGGUCAAGCAAAGCGGAUACGAGGCAUCCAUUAAAAGAAUGUGGCUUGGGGAUAAUUACGAGAAACCUGGCAAGGACGGCAAUAUGAUGGCCAAGACCAACGUCCCGGAUCGUCGGGAAGAAUUCCGAUACCACACUUUGCUUCAAGAAAAAGACGUGCUGCGGCGAUAUGUGGCCUAUGACGGAAGUAAAGAGCCGAGCUCGGCAGUGGCAUCGACCGACAUGUCGGCCCCGGGGGGAGACUCGAAGACGAACGAGCCAUGGAAAGUAACAAACAUCGGUGAGAAUACUCCUCGGGCUACAAGCGUGGGUGCCAAAUCUGCCCUCAACGGUGAAGUCAGCCGCGACUCCGGAAAGGGUCCAGAUGCCAUGGUAGAUGUACACUUGUCUGGAAGUGACCCUAGAUUAUUUCCAGGAAUAUUCACCCGGGAUCAUCGAACAGAGAGUCUACGAAGCUUGCAACAGGCCGGUGAAUGGGUCGUCGAUUCAAGUGAGGUUCCCGGGGACGAUGAUGAGAACGAGUUAUAA